AGGAGGGAUGCUGAGUGGUGCUGAUGCUGCGGUCAGUGUUCGGUCACGGCGACCAACAUCACGUUAGAUCCAGAGCUUUAAACCCUUCUGGACGGAUCAGAUAUCCGUGCAUGUCUGCUUUUGUCCCUGUCGAUUGACAAACCUGAAGUGUCCUCGCAGAUGGACACGUUCUUUUAAUCAGCAUCGACGGAAAUUCAGACGCGACUUUUUUUUUGCGUCUAAAAUUCAGGAAUGCGCGUCUGAUCGGUGCACAGCAACAAGUUUGGGAACUUCUCGGAUCUUUACUCUGUGCUCUGCGGUUGUUUUUUUUCUUUCAUCACCUCCCUGUUUGUUCGGUUCGGGUCCGACAUGGCGGACGCGGCGGAAUGCGGAGUGAAAGUGAUGUGCCGUUUCAGGCCACUGAACGAGUCGGAAAUCAACAGAGGCGACAAAUACAUCCCGAAAUUUAAAGGAGAGGACACUGUGGUUGUGUCGGGGAAGCCCUACAUGUUUGACCGAGUUUUAGCUCCAAACUCAACCCAAGAGCUGGUGUACGAUUCCUGCGCCAAGCAGAUCGUUCAAGAUGUUCUUGAUGGAUACAAUGGAACCAUUUUUGCGUAUGGCCAGACGUCUUCAGGAAAGACCCACACCAUGGAGGGGAACCUCCAUGACCCGAACCACAUGGGCAUCAUUCCUCGCAUCGCUCAGGACAUCUUCGACCACAUUUACUCCAUGGAUGAGAAUCUCGAGUUCCAUAUCAAGGUCUCCUACUUUGAGAUUUACUUGGACAAGAUCAGAGAUCUACUAGAUGUGUCCAAGACAAACCUCGCUGUCCACGAGGACAAAAACAGGGUUCCGUAUGUGAAGGGCUGUACGGAGCGCUUCGUGUCCAGCCCGGAGGAGGUGAUGGACGUCAUUGAUGACGGCAAAGCCAAUCGUCACGUCGCGGUCACGAACAUGAACGAGCACAGCUCGCGCAGUCACAGUAUAUUCCUGAUUAACAUCAAGCAGGAGAACGUGGAGACGGAGAAGAAGCUCAGCGGGAAGCUCUACCUGGUGGAUCUGGCUGGGAGUGAAAAGGUCAGUAAAACCGGAGCAGAAGGCGCUGUCUUGGAUGAAGCUAAAAACAUCAAUAAAUCUCUGUCUGCUCUGGGCAACGUCAUCUCCGCGCUGGCUGAGGGAACCAAGACGCACGUGCCCUACCGAGACAGCAAGAUGACACGCAUCCUGCAGGACUCUCUGGGUGGAAACUGUAGGACCACCAUCAUCAUCUGCUGCUCGCCGUCUGUCUUUAACGAGGCCGAGACCAAAUCGACGCUGAUGUUCGGCCAGCGAGCUAAGACGAUCAAGAACACAGUGUCGGUUAACAUGGAGCUGACGGCCGAGGAGUGGAAGAAGAAGUAUGAGAAGGAAAAGGAGAAGAACGGUGGCCUGAAACUCAUCAUCCAGCGGCUGGAGAACGAGCUGAAGCGCUGGAGGAAAGGUGAAGCAGUUCCAGUUGAAGAGCAGCAGAAAAGAAAGGAAAUAAAGAACGUGGAAGCCACACCCACAAUCGAAAGUCUGGCUCCGCCUCCCCUGCCACUUUGUGACACAGAGAAGACCCAGUAUGAGGAGCUGAUCAAUGAUCUUUACCAGCAGCUUGAUGAUAAGGACGAUGAGAUCAAUCAGCACAGUCAGCUGGCAGAGUCCCUGAAACAGCAGAUGGUGGAUCAGGAUGAGCUUUUAGCGUCGACACGGCACGACUGCGAGAAGCUCCAGAACGACCUGAUGCGUCUGCAGCGUGAUCACGAGGCCGCCAAAGAGGAGGUCAAGGAGGUGCUGCAAGCGCUGGAGGAACUCGCCGUCAACUACGACCAGAAGAGCCACGAGUUGGAGGAGAAAGGACGGAGCAACGUCCAGCUCAACGACGAGUUAACGCAGAAGAGCACAAUCCUGUGCACCUUGGAAAGGGAUCUGGCCAUGCUGCAGGACGUGAGUGGACACCACAAAAAGAGAUCUGCGGAGAUCCUCAGCAUGCUGCUGCGAGAGCUCGCAGAGAUCGGUAGUGUCAUCGGCACCAGCGAGCUCAAGACGACAGCAGAGGGCCCUGGAGGGAUGGAAGAGGAGUUUACCAUGGCACGCCUCUUCAUCAGCAAAAUGAAAUCGGAGGUGAAGUCCCUGGUGAACCGCAGCAAACAACUGGAAGGAGCUCAAGUGGAAACGACACGUAAGAUUCAGGCCAACGAGAAAGAGCUCGCGUCCUGCCAGCUCCUCAUCUCACAGCUCCAGGCCAAGAUCAGAUCCCUGAGCGACUACAUGCAGAACAUGGAACAAAAGAAGAGGCAGCUGGAGGAGAGCCAGGACUCGCUGAUGGAGGAGCUGGCCAGACUCCACGCUCAGGAAAAGAUGCACGAGGUGUCCGUGAUGGACAAGGAGAUGGAACACAUGAACAAGAUGAAGGAUGCCGAAGAGAUGAAGAAGGCGCUGCAGGAGCAGAUGGAAGGUCACAGCGAGGCCCAUCAGAAGCAGCUCUCACGCCUGCGAGAUGAGAUUGAUGAGAAGCAGAAGAUCUUGGACAAGCUGAGAGAUAUAAACCAGUCUCUCCAGCUGGAGCAGAAAAAGCUCAUAUCUGACUACAACAAGCUACAGGAGGAUGAACAGAAGAAGGACCAGAUGCUACAGAAACUAAUUCUAUUAAAUGAGAAACGGGAGCAGGCCAAGGAGGACCUGAAGGGUCUUGAAGAAACUGUGAUGAAAGAGCUCCAAACUCUUCACGAUCUGCGCAAACUCUUCAUCGACGAUCUCAACGCACGUGUCAGGAUGAAUGUCGAGUUGGACUCGGACGAGGCAGGAAGCAGCCUGGCCCUGAAGCAGAAGAUCAUUUUCCUGGAGAACAAUCUAGAACAGCUCACCAAAGUCCACAAACAGUUGGUGCGUGACAAUGCGGAGCUACGGUGCGAGCUGCCCAAGCUGGAGAAGCGUCUUCGAGCCACAGCCGAGCGCGUAAAAUCCCUCGAGACGGCGUUAAGGGAGGCGAAGGAGAACGCCAUGAGAGACCGCAGGCGCUACCAGCAGGAGGUGGAGAGAAUCAAAGAGGCGGUCAGGGCCAAAAACCAGGCCAGGAGGAGCCACACAGCACAGAUUGCCAAGCCGAUUCGCGCCGGACACCAUGCGUCAUCAGGACAUCAUCACCCAGCAGCCUCUGGGUCUCCAGUUCAUGCCAUCAGAGGGGGUGCGGUUCAGAGCCCACGGCGUCAUCACAACAACCAGAUGCAAGCAGCUCAGCAGCAGCAGCAACAUCAGCAGCACCACUACCCACAGCACAGCAGGAACAGCAACAAAUAAAAGAUGUAGGAGACUGACGGCUGGACUCCUGAGCUCGGCUGGACCUUUUAUCCGUCUAGACGUCAUCCGUCCACGUGGAUUUUUUGGUGUAGUUCUGGAAAAAAGACGAAAUGCCCUCUGAUGUGUUGAGUGCUGGACAGAAUCAUCUUCAUGCUAUGGUGGACUGGUUUUAUACGCAUUUACAUAUACACACAAUACAGUACAUUAUAUGGGCAAAAGUAUUGGGACACCUGACUUUUGCGGUUCUUUACCAAAUUGUUAGCACAAAGUCGGAGAAACUAAAUUUUUAAGAUGUGUUUGGAUGAAAUAUUGGCCUAACCCCAAACCUCCUCCGCUCACCCCACAUCCGUAUCUCUGAGCACAAAUCUCCACAGAAUCUACCUGAACAUCUUUCCAGAAGACUUUAGCUUCUUAUAACCGCAAAAUGAGAACUAAAUAUGGAAAAGGAUGUUCACGCACCAAUCUUCUACUCAGGUGUCUACGAUCUUUUCUCCGUACAGCGCACAUGACAACACCACGUUGUCUGUAACAUGCUAUCGAGCACAUCCUGAAACGAGAGCGCUAGUUCUCACUAGCUAAUCGUGCGAUUAGCGCCUCAUCUGAAAGACAUAAAUCAGCAUUUUUCGGCUAAAUCCUGACACAAAGCACAGGAACGUUAAACACACAUGACCUCUGGCUAUAUGUUACACCUCACACUGCUUAUGUAGCUUUUAUUGCACAAUUAUUAGAAUGUCAAACAUGUUUGUCAUCAUCUGUGUGUGUGUGUGUGUGUGUGUGUGUGCAAUGCAUACAAACAUCGUAGCUACAUCAUUUAGCAUUUAUACUUGAAUUGAAAUCUCAGUUUUAAAUCGGGACCCAAAACUCCUGAUGGACCAGCUGAGAACCUUUAACACCCUUUAGUGUAACUCAAGGGGUUUUUCUGCGGUUCUUUAAAUUGGCACAAGUUCAGUCGCUCUUCAGGGUUUUUUUUUCCUCUGUUUUUAUUGCCUACCUGAAGCGUGUAGCGACACAACAGGGAAUGUGGUCUUCUCUUCAGAACCUUUUUUUUAUUUAUUAUUAUUAACUUAACUCCUGUAACCUUAUGGUCUUGCAGUGAGACAGACAGAUCUUCACAUUGAGCGAAAGUAAAUGCACCCUUCGAUUUUAAAUGUCCUACUUUUUUUUUUU